CUUAAUGCCUCACAACAGAAGAAAUUUGGAAACAUCCUUUGAGGAUCAUAUAGCGUGUGUUGCGUACCAGUGCGAUUAAAUUCAGGGGUUACUUCACUAUUUUAUUUAAUGUACCUUUAUUUACUUUGUUGGCUAAAGACAAAUAUUAUUCUAAUCAGCGCAUUGGGUGUAUGACAGUAAGAUACUAUCACAGGGAAUCUGCAGCCAUGUAUGAUCGCUGAAAUGUUACAAACGUAUGUGUGAGACGCUUUUCGAUUCAUUAAAAGGUUAUUGCAUACUAUUUAUUUAGAGUACCUCACUAUGACCACCCUGACGAGGCAGGACCUUAAUUUUGGUCAAGUUGUUGCCGACAUUCUGUGUGAAUUUUUGGAAGUGGCGAUUCACCUCAUUCUUUAUGUCAGAGAAGUUUAUCCUUCUGGCAUAUUUCAGAAGAGGAAGAAAUACAACGUGCCUGUCCAGAUGUCAUGCCACCCUGAGUUGAACCAGUACAUUCAGGACACUCUCCAUUGUGUCAAGCCACUAAUAGAGAAGAAUGAGGCUGAGAAGGUGGUAGUGGUGAUCAUGGAUAAAGAGCACCACCCAGUGGAGAGAUUUGUGUUUGAGAUCUCACAACCUCCACUGCUCUCCAUCAGCUCAGAUACUCUGCUGUCCCAUGUGGAACAGCUGCUGAGAGCUGUGAUCCUGAAGAUUAGUGUGUGUGAUGCAGUUCUAGACAACAAUCCUUCUGGAUGCACAUUCACAGUGCUUGUACACACCAGGGAAGCUGCCACAAGAAACAUGGAGAAGGUUCAGGUCAUCAAGGAUUUUCCAUGGAUUGUAGCAGAUGAACAGGAAGUUCACAUGGAAGAGGCAAAACUAAUUCCUCUAAAAACUAUGACUUCUGAUAUUCUCAAGAUGCAGCUGUAUGUAGAAGAGAAAGCGCAGAAAACCUGACACUUUGCUGUUGUCAAACUGCAUUAAAGAGUUGUGAAACAGGAAAUGGUUUGUGGUGUUUUGUGUGUUGAUGGCAGGUUUUAUUUUUAAAUAACAUCAUAGGAACAUGAACUGGAGAUGCAUAUUAAAAUGGAUUGUGCAGCAAGAGAAAAAUGCCAUUUUUCAGCAUUUUACUAGGUAGAACUAAUGUUUACCAGUGAGAUCCAUUUCUUUUGCCUGUGCUCUUUUUUUGCAAGUUUAUGCUCAAUUUUUCAUUGUGCUUUUUUCAUACAAUUCUGUGAACCUUUCUCUGAUAAUUUAUCUAAUCUAUUUGUUUAAUACGUUAGGAUUGGGUGUGGUUGGGAGCACAAACAGAGUUCUAAAUAUCAUAUUUCCAGUUGUUUUUAAGUAGAGACACUUUCUGCAAAGUUCAAUCCAACUUAAACUGAAAGGCUUUUUUUUUUUUUUUUUAUCUUUAGCCACUAACUUGGUUUUAGGGAAUGUUUUUCAUUAGCUGCAAUGUGUAGACAGCUUUUAUUUAACUCUUAUUCAUCUAAAUAAAAAAAAUUCCACUCCAGAUUCUGUAGUUCAGAAAAACUGAUGAACUCGCAGGAUGUCCUACCAACACAAUGUGCAUGUAUGCGAUGCAUCUUAAAAAAUGUCAAAGAUUUAAAAAUAUGAAAAGGAAUUGUAAAUAAAUUGAAAAGUCACA